AUGUCGCACCGGGACUCGUCGCUCGACUCUAGCAUGAUGGCCUCCUCGCCUGCGUCUUCGACCUCGAGCCUCGACUCGCCUACGCAAGGCGCUACCGCUACGAGCAAGAACGGUGGUGCGUGGUCGUCGUCGUCGUCGUCGUCAUCGCCAUCGUGGGGGCGGUGGGUGGCGGACAAGUAUACGGUGCAGUAUGCGAUUCCGGCGGCGUAUGCGCCCGCGGCGCUGCAGGUGUGCAUCACCGCGUUUCCGCUCGGCGUACUUUUCGGACUCGUCCUGCCGCGCAUCACCACCUUCAUCGGGCAGAUGUUCUUCGAAGGGACCCACCAAGAGGGGCUGGCGUGGUACGCGCACGCGCAAUUGGCGCUGUACCUGGGCGCGUGGGUCGUGUUUCACAUGCUCGAGUUCAUGGUCACGGCGAGCUUCAAUCCGACGCGGCUGUUCUCGGACAGCUUCCUGCUCAACAACGGCGUGCACUACCACAUUGCGCACCUCGUCGCGCUGCUCGAGUUCGGCCUCACCGCGCACUUGUACCCUUCCUCCAAGGCGAUCGGUUGGACAACGUGGGUGGGAGUGGUGGGUGUGGGGGUGGGGCAGGUGCUGAGGAGCAUGGCCAUGGUGCAGGCGCACAACAACUUCAGCCACAUUGUCGCCGACCGCAAGCGACCGGACCAUGUACUGGUGACGAGGGGCGUGUAUGCGUGGACGCGACACCCGAGCUACGUCGGAUUCUUCUACUGGGCGGUGGGCACGCAGCUCAUGCUGGGCAACAAGAUGGCCCUGCUCGGCUUUGUGGGCGCGCUCUGGACCUUCUUUAGCAGGAGGGUGAGGGCCGAGGAGAGAUGGCUGCUCGAGUUUUUCGGAGACGAGUACAGGCACAACGGCGCGUGCGGAUCGGAGGCCGAUCGCAUCUUGCAGCUGUCAUCCGAAAAGGCCCAUCCCGAUGCGAGCAACAAGGGGGGGAUCUCGAGAGUGGAUCGGGAUGAUAACGGUACCUUUACCGCCUGCACAGCAGCAUUUGGCGCUCAGCUCGAAAAUGUCGACAAAAUUCCCGUCUUUUUGGUUUCGGCGAGCAGGGAUUGCAACGCCGAUCGAGAGCGGUUGCCGCCUCGAGCUUGGCAUUUGGCUGUGCUGCUGCAGACGCAGUGGAGCUGUCAAGGCCUGCACGAUUCCUCCGUCCUUCUCAUCCCCCAACCGCCGUGCGCCAGCCGUGCCUUCAUCUCGCUUGGCCUCCUCGUCGUCGUCAACCACCAUCUCGACCAACGCCCACCCCCCAGCCCCCACCGCGCAAGCUGGCUGGCUGCCGACAUGUCGAUGCAACCCCUCGACCUCCUGAUUUGA